AUGUUUUCACGACAAAAUAGCAAGUUAGUUUUCGAUGAUAUGGAGAAUCAAAUACGACAAAUAUCAUUAGAACGACAAAACCAAAUCGAUUUAGUCCCAUCACAGAAUGGUUAUGAUGCUGCGAUCGUUAGUAACAUCACGACACCUACUGGAGUACAUUUCCGUUCUCAGGCAUUCCAACCUCCAAAAAAAAUUUACCAGCAAAUGUUUUACGUGCUCUCCAGCUGGAUUUCAGAUGCUGCUAUACUAAAUGAGCUCAAAAACGCUAAGGGUUCUUUCAUAAUAAUUGAGAAUGCGACCAACGCUGUUGUCGAUUUUUCACUAAGUCAACCCUACCAAUGUCAAAAAGAAGACACUUUACACCAAAUCUUUUAA